AUGGUGAGGAUGCCGAGAACAAACAACGAUAGCUCAGACUUUGACGACUCUGAUGAUGAGUUUAUGAAGACGUACACAAAGAAUCUUAUGAAAAGACUCUCAAACUUUCAGGAAUACACAGACGAGGAAGAGCUGAUUGAUCUUACGACAGAAAGGAAGAUAAUUGUGCAUUUUUACUCACCUGCCUUCAAAAAGUGCCAGAAAAUGAACGAAGCAUUGAAACAGGUUUCUGUGAAAUUCCCAAGCCUGAAUUUUGGAUGCAUUAACGUUGAAAAAUGCCCCAAAAUGUGUGCUUCGUUGAAAAUAAAGGUUCUGCCGUUUUUGGCAUUCUUCAAGGAUGGAUUUUUUGUAGAUGAGAUUGUUGGGUUUGAAAAAUUUGGAAACUGCAAUAUUUUGAAGAUAGAAAUGUUAGAAGAGUACAUUAAGGAGAGUGAAAUGUGCAGGAACACAGGAAUAAAUAGUAAUUGA